CCCACACCUCUGAUCCGCUCGCCUUUUCCCCCUUCCCAUUCCCUCUUUUUGUCUUAUUCCCUUUUACUAUCGUGGAAUCUUCCUCUCUCUUAAAACAACUUCAUCAUCGUCUCUUCUAUCAAAAGUCUUUCCCCCCCCUUGUGAUUUUCUCCCCUUUCCCUCUUGUCUUUCUUUUAAUCGGAUUCUUCGGGUCCAUUACACUCCUUCGGAUUCUCAGUUGUCAAAUUCACAUUUACAUUCUACCUCUUCACAAUUCUUCUGUAGAGAAAAGAAUAAAGUCGUUGUUGACUUGAACACUCCUUCGAUUCGAACUUCCACACUUCCAGUCUUUACAUUCAACCACAAAGUAAACAGAAGAGUCAUCUUGACCCUUUUAACACUCUUUCUUCAUAAAUCUACGACGCUUCAUUUACGAAUCUCUUGAGACUCUAUUCAAAUCUAUACCAUACAUUACAAUACAAUACAAUACAAUAUUUCCUGCAAGAUUCAGCGAAGCAUUUGUUUUGAAAUAUAUCCAUCUUGUCAAAGUUUGGAUUUACUCAAAGACCCUUUUAUUUAUUCUCCCUUAGGCUUCGACGCAGAAAAACAACAACCUGUGCAUACAAAGCACAUAGCAUCUCGACGAUCACAGAGACUCGUACAACCAAGGACAACAGCUUGUCAUAUACUACAUAUACAAACAUUGGAGGAAGAUUGAACUAUUAGGAACAUACGAAAGUAAUCGACAACGGUCCUAACAACUUAAUAAAGAUGUCGGACAUGUCGCAAGAAGAUGCUCUCAAGAUGCUCUCAACACCCUCUCCUACCGCGUCGAACUCGGCUGGAAGUAGCUCGGCUUCCCGCAGACCUCCGCGCAAGAGCACAUUAACACAACAACAAAAGAACCAGAAGAGACAGAGAGCUACACAAGAUCAAUUGGUCACUUUGGAAAUGGAAUUCAAUAAAAAUCCAACACCCACCGCCACAGUUAGAGAGAGAAUCGCGGAGGAUAUCACCAUGACUGAACGUUCUGUUCAAAUCUGGUUCCAAAACAGACGUGCAAAGAUCAAGCUCAUGGCAAAGAAGAGUAUCGAGACUGGAGAGACUUGUGAAAUUCCAGAAACCAUGCGCCAAUACCUUGCGAUUCAGGAGAUGGAAUCAGGAAAGUCACUGGGUGGUAACUUCUUGGGCCGAGGUGGACUUAUGCCCUAUGGUAGUGGCAACAUGCUCAUGGGUGGUGAUCACGGCCCUCAAGGAAAAGUUGUGAUUCAUCAUCUUUCGUGUAGAUCACUGAGUAUUGGAUCCUGGAGACGAAUCGGUCAGAAUGCCAUGGAUCUCAUCAUCUUCUACUCGCCGGAUAAGUCAACAAUGACCUACUACAUCAACAACGAUCAAGCUGGUUACAAAAUUGAGUAUCCAUUUUCGUCAAUCAAAAAUAUCUACCUGGAAAAUGGAGAUAAUGAGUCGCGACCUGGUGGAUUAGUUGUUGAACUUAUUCGUGCGCCAAACUUUUUCAUGGACUCUUCUGGAUCGGGUGGAUUUUACCAAUGUGGUGAUUUUACAGAAGACCAGCAAGCAUCUCAAGUCAUGGUUCAUCAUUUGGGUGGUCACCCUAAGGUUCUCAGUGGUCAAUUAGCCAAGCUUGUUUCCCUUGAGUCUUUUAUCACACGCGAUAAUCCAUUCACACAUCAACAACCAUUAUCCAUCUCAGCACCUGCAUCUCCAACUGGUCUCCGUCCGUCUUCUCAGCCAAAUUUCAAUGCGCAAGCCCAUGUUGGUAUGUUCCAAGAAUCUCAAUGGGGUAUUGGUGUUCAUCCAAGUGCGCGUGGACCUGGCCACAGAAGACAGAGGAGUAGAUCCGUUCCAAUGGCCGUCGAUUUCUCCAUGUUCAACAACCCAAUGCCAUCAUUCCUCAUUCAACACCCUGGUGAAAACCAACAUCAACACCAACAUGGAAACCCCAAUAUCUUUGCUCCUAUUCCUCAACAACCAAACAACCUCGGACCUCUUGGACCUAAUCUACGGAUUGAUACCUCAUCGGGUUAUGGAAUGGAUUUCAGACAGUAUCCCAUGUCAGCAGCAACAACAACUUCCCCAUCGGAUUAUGCCAGCCCUGGCUUCUUCCCUCACCAAAAUGACAAUGGACCUAUGACAGGACCAAUGCCAACAUCAUCUUCAAUGCCAGCUUCGAACUUCACGCCAUACUCGAUGCCUUACCUGUCGCCUGAUCCUUCUUCGCUUGUUCCUCCAUCCGUUUCUCCUUUGUCUUUUAUGAGUCACGGAGACCCAGCAAUUGUUGAUCAAUCUCCACCAAUGUCAAUGAUGCACCGAAGUGCUUCUGCCGAUGUUUACAGUAUGCAUAAUGAUUCGGCCAUCUCCGAUGAUGGUACCGGACUCAAUGAGAUGUAUCAGAAGCACACCCUUAAUAUUCCUAUGCAUCCUCAUUCUCCAGCUUUUGGUGAACAAUCUGCGGCGGAUAUGGACAUGAGUAAUCUUGUUCAAUUCCCUGUUGAUCAUGAUGGUCUUUCGCCUGAGCAUAUGCCUCAGUAGAUUAGAUCAACUUUUUGAACUUUGGAAGUGGUCGAGAGCCUGAAAGGCUACUCUGGGCCUUGGUUGGAAAUGAGUUUGAAAUUACAGAUGGUUGAGAUGAUCAAUGUCUGCAUUUCAGAAAGUGUUUUCGCUUAGAGAUUGUUUGGGGCGAUUUUCGGGGGUGGCGUUGGGUUGAUUUUCAUUUUGCACGGAAAGGGGGAGGUGUCAACGGCCGUCUCAAUUUUUGGGUAUUUCAUGUCGAUUUUUCUCUCGACUUUGCACUUGCUAUUUUGGGCAUUGUAGCAUAGUCUUGAUUUCAUAUUCCCAAAUUUCCUUCUGUCUUUUUACGCCACGACUUGCAUGACGACUUUACCCAAUUCUAUCAUGCCUGUCUGGUACAGCGAUCGUUUUCUCAUUGAUAUCUUUGCUCUUGCGCAUUCUCUCUUGAACUUGAUGUCUGUUAAUCAGCUUCAUCUUUACUGUUUUUACUUAACUCUCUUAUGGAGAUUUUGUGUGGUAGUUGGAUUGAAGAUAUAAAUGGACGGGUGGAAAGCUUUAGGGGGAAAGCGUGCGAUAUUUGAAUCUGGAAACAACAACAUGGUGUGGGGGUUUACAAAUUUUGCUUUUGGUGCUUUUUUAUUUUGCUGGCUGGCGCACAUGUGCGUAAAGCAAUGGAUUGAUGAAUCAUGGUGGGCUUAAUAGUGGAAAAAUCUAUUUUGUAAAAUCGUUUUCUUCGUUUUUUUAAUCUUGUUCUUUUUUGAGCUUGAGUAGUAAAGUUAAAAAAAUGUGCAUAUAAUUAAUAUUUA